AUGAACCGCACCCGGUUUCCGCCCAGCUCUCCCGCGGCACACGGCGCCGGGCAAACUCCACUAGCGGCGGCGGCGCCAGAGCGACAGCCCCGCGCCGGAAGCCGGAAGUCGGUUCCAGAAUCCAUGACACGAGUCGAAGCACGCGCACCUGUUGGUGUUCUUGAAGUCAACAGGUACGCGGAGAAGCACGCGUGCAGCUUCGACUUCAAGACGGCGGCCCGGGAGAAGAUCGCCAGGAACAACCCGCUCGUCGUGGCAGCCAAGAUCAACAAGAUCUAA